GUAGGCUAAAGCCAGGUAGGAGACUAGAAGGACAGGCUGGGUGUAUACUGCAACACAGUGGAGUACAGAGUUGCUAGUUUGAGAGUCGGUUUACAUAGUCAGUGCAAAUACCGUGUGGAGUAGAGAGGAGCUCAGUGGGAGUGGGAGAGACGCUUAACCACUCCAGGCCAUGAACAUGGACCAUCGGAGGUUCUCCCUCGACAGCUCAGUGUCCCUGAAGAAUGGAGGUGGAGGAGGUAGUCUGGGCCCUAGGAGAGGCAGCCGCAGUAAGAAGAGCAAAGAGAAGUGGAAGAGUCUAGAGGAGGCCCAGCUGGAGAUCCAGGAGCUGGGACACAGCCUGAACAGGAGCAACUCUCUCAGGUCAGAGACCAUAGAGGAGGAGAGCUUCCACCCGCCUGAUGGCGCAGUUGCCAAAAAUAGUUUUGUGAAAUACAACAAAACCUUCCACAAAUUAUUCCGAGAUAUUCCUACAGAGGAGAAACUAACUCAUGUGUUCACCUGUGCCCUGCAGAAGGAGGUGUUGUAUCAUGGGAAGCUAUUUGUGUCUGUCAACUACGUAUGUUUUUACUCUUCCGUACUCCUCAAGGACACCAAGGUUGAGGUCCAUGUGUCCAGCGUAAAGGAAGUGAAGAAGCAGAACUCAGCCCUGUCUAUGCUCUCCAUCCGUACUACUGAUGGAAACAAGUAUUCGUUUGUGUCUUUGCGGAACCGGAGAGUGUGCUAUGAAAUCCUGCAGUCUGUGUGUUCACAAGCACAGCUGGGGGAGCAGGUGGAGAAUGGCAACAGCAGUCCCCACUUCUCAGGAGAGAACGGUGUUGAUGGCGUGGAUGGGAACAUAGACACAAUCUCCAGCAAUUCCAGCCGGGAGGACAGUGUGGAGCGGAGCCUUCCCAUAGAGGCCGUCUACUCUGACCUGCCCAGCAGCGCUGACUCGUGGGUUUGGAUCGUCACUGAAAGGGUUAAAACCCUCCUCCUUAUCAGAGAUAUGCGCAACCUCAAUGUCCUCCUAUCCAUCUGUCUGUUUCUGGCGGUGUUGCUAAUACUGUCAUCGGGGUACAUCAGUUUGCGGAUCGUAGCUCUGGAGGAGCAGCUGAGUUCUCUAGGAGCCCUGCCGGAGUUCUCCAUACACCUCAGAGAGGAACAGGAAACAGCCUGAAGCGACCUACAGCCAGGGAGGAUUGGCCAUUUGGAUAUUCUGGCAAAUACCAGACGGGCUGGACCAUUUUUUUGUUGGGUGGGCUGGUUGAAAAUGGACACUUUUUUUACUAUAAUUUUUUUUUGUUUAACGUAGAAAAAGGUGACAUGGCCAGCGGCCUAUGAGCUUGUUAAGAUAGAAA